AUGACAUCCAGCCUCACGGGACAACAUGGUCGGAACGAGACAUGGAGGCUAUGCGACAAGAUUUCCAACUCACUCGCUGACGUACAUCAAGCAACGCAAGACAAUCGCCUGCAAAACCUCGAUAUCUCCGACCAAGUCAGAGCCACUACCGCGCCGUCGGAAACCCGUAGCAUCACAAACUUGCAAAUGGUACAGCAGACCAUAGCAGAUCAUCUACAUCACGGGCAGAACUCAACCUUUGCUAGCCCAGGUUCCGUCGAGACUGUCCGCAUUCCCUUGUCUCAAAUGCAGAGCGCUUCUAACUAUUCCGAAACGGCGGAAUUCUCAAGUGAUUCAAGCGUGGGUUCGGUUUUCUCUACGAGUCCCUUUCGAACUCUGGAUAAUUAUAUCGACGAGAACGGGCCAAUAUCCCUGGCCCAGGAAAUCCUACAACAAACAACGCUGAACGACGUCCGACUCGUCGAACAGAUGGUUGUCCCCUCGUUACUGGUGGCAUUCUAUAUCGUCGACAGUCCGCGCAGGCUCGAAAUAUCUCCACGAGGCUCCGCGCUCCUUCUGGUGGGCAAUCUAACAUCACUAAGACUCCUCCUGACUGCAAUGGCUGCCCUCAUACGCUUGCUUUGUCCGGUGGAACGUCCAAUAUCCUUACUCGGAGGAGGCUAUGUCAAUUUCGAAGAUGCUUUCGGACGACUACUGAAGCUACCCUUCACGACCUGCCAGUACCCCACCAUCUUCUUCAGAUUCCUCCGAGAGCAUUUCAAGGAUUCUCCGGUUCAUGAAUAUAUGCGGAAGGAUCUAUAUCACUUGAACCUGGACGGCAGCAGGGGUAUUCUCAUAACGAGACAGACAUGGAGCAGUCUUGUUAGACCGAAGGGCAGGAUCUCCAUGUCAAUUAUAGUGACGCUCGGCUUUCAAAAGUGCCGCAAAUGUACCAAGACGCUGUAUCGACACGGAAAUGAUUUACACUGGUAG